CAGCCAUGGAAACGCUCGCUGACAAGAUGCUGCCCUGUGGAGAUGGGGAUGAAGAUGUGCUCCCAAAUAAACGGCAACGUGUGGAUGCUGCAGAUGCGCACUCGCUGAAUGUCAAGGGCUUGGAUGGAUCGACCCUUCUGAUCCAGGUUGAUGAUGAUACAACCGUGGAAGAUGUGUACAAAUACAUCUCAGAAAAGAUCGGUCUGAAACCAGGCAGAAAAUUGCUGCUGACUUCGGGUUGCCGUAUUCUUGAUGCUUCCCGACCACUGCUGCCACAAGUGCAAACAAAGCGCAGAUAUGAGUUUUGUCGUACAGCGAAUCAACGCGUAUGA